AUGGAACAACCAACGUCAAGCACCAAAGGGAAUACAAUGAAGGGCCCCUGUGAAUACAACAACAAAAAAGUUGACAAGAAGAACGAGGUUAUGGACAGAGUUUCAGCCCCUAAACAGAGUUUGAAAGAAACACAAAAACCAAAAUAUCCAAAAUUAGUGUUUUACUACAGGAAGAAUAAGAAAAGAAAUUGAAAUCAACUGAAGAAUAACCAGCCCCCAGAGAACUCCACUGAUCCAAUCAAAGAGAACGAAGACCUAGACAUAUCCAUAGGAGGGUGGGGAGGAUUAGUCACACCUGGAGAAACCAAAUCAGUAAAAUCAUCACCACUGAUGACUGCAAGGGAGCAGGAUCUCUUCCAGAUAUCCGAGAGCAUGUGGACAUGUGACUUUGAGCCAGCAGUCCUAGAGAAGCUCUACAGUCACAAUCAAGAGGGCACAGGAUGA